GAAGCUAGAGAGGAUCGGAGUUAGAAAUGGCAGAACGAAGCGCAAUUAUAUUGCUUUUGUUGAACACUGUGAUAGCCAUGGCGGCGAUAGGAGUUGCCACGGUGCCUCAUCAAGGCCCUAAGGAGGUGGACGAGUGGUUCCAACGCCUACCCCAUGCACGCCAAAAGCUUACAAAACUCCAUUUUUUCUUCCACGACACCCUCACCGGCAAGAACCCCACCGCACUCCAAAUCGCCGGCGCCAACACCACCGCCGACUCGCCCACUCGCUUCGGCUUCCUCGCCAUGGCCGACGACCCCCUGACGGCCGGACCCGACCCAGGCUCUCAGAUCGUCGGCCGAGCUCAGGGAAUGUACGGCUCCGCCUCGUUCAGCGAGAUCGGGUUUCUCAUGACGUUCAACUUUGUGUUUACGGCCGGGAAGUAUAACGGCAGCACCCUGAGCCUCCUCGGCCGUAACCCCAUCCUCCAUCGGUACCGUGAAAUGUCCAUCGUCGGUGGCUCCGGCGUUUUCCGGUUGGCGCAGGGCGUCGCCACCGCCAAGACUUACUGGGCGAAUUUCACGGCCCGUAACGCGAUCGUGGAGUACCAUGUUGUCGUGUUGCAUUAUUGACAAGUACGUGGUCGUGGUCCGAUGGCAAUGUCAACUUUACUUUUAUAUUGUUACUUGUUUCAUCAUGAAUAAUUUGUGUAAUAUGUUUUCAAAAAUAAAUAAAUUGUGUAAUAUAAUUCUAAA